AUGUGGUGUGACACCAUGCGGAGCCUGGCGCUGCUCCUGGGGGUGAAGGCGGCGUGCAUCCUGCUGGUGUCCUCGCUGGCCGGCACGGGGGCCGUCAACAACAGCGGCCGUUGGUGGGGCAUCGUGAACGUGGCCUCCUCUGCCAACCUCCUCACCAACUCCAAGAACGUCCAGUUGGUGCUGGACCCCAGCCUGGCCCUGCUGAGUCGCCGCCAGCGUCGGCUGAUCCGGCAGAACCCUGGCAUCCUGCACGCCAUCUCCGCAGGCCUCCACACCGCCAUAAAGGAGUGCAAGUGGCAGUUCCAGAACCGGCGCUGGAAUUGCCCGACCACCCACAGCCCGGCGGUGUUUGGAAAAAUCAUCAACCGUGGUUGCAGAGAGUCUGCGUUUGUGUUUGCCAUCACCAGCGCCGGGGUCACCCAUGCGGUGGCCCGCUCCUGCUCAGAGGGGUCCAUAGAGUCCUGCACCUGCGACUACCGGCGCCGCGGACCGGGGGGUCCGGACUGGCACUGGGGCGGCUGCAGCGACAACGUGGACUUUGGCCGCAUGUUCAGCCGGGAGUUUGUGGACUCCAGUGAAAGAGGCCGGGAUCUACGCUACCUCACCAACCUGCACAACAACGAGGCCGGGAGACUGACGGUGUCAUCCGAGAUGCGUCAAGAAUGCAAGUGCCACGGCAUGUCGGGCUCCUGCACGGUGCGCACCUGCUGGAUGCGCCUGCCCAGCUUCCGGGCGGUGGGGGAUUAUCUGAAGGACCGCUUCGACGGCGCCUCCAGGGUGGUGUACGCCAACAAGGGAAGCAAUCGCGCCUCCCACCGCGCCGAUCCCAGACACCUGGAGCCCGAGAACUCGGCCCACAAACCGCCCUCCACCAAGGACCUGGUGUACUUUGAGAAGUCGCCGAACUUCUGCUCUUACAACGGCAAGACGGGCACGACGGGCACGACGGGGAGGACCUGCAACAGCUCCUCUCCCGCCCUGGACGGCUGUGAGCUGCUGUGCUGCGGGCGCGGGUUCAAGACCCGGACGGAGUUGGUCACUGAGCGCUGCCACUGCACUUUCCACUGGUGCUGUCACGUCAGCUGUCUGAACUGCACCAGUACACAGACUGUACACGAGUGUCUGUGA